CGGUUCGAGCAAUGUUGUUCCGAGAACGAUGGAUGCCUCUGGCCUCCCAAUCAAACGCCAGAGAACUCCAAGUCCAAAAGGGAAGGAGAAGAUGGGAGAAGCAGCAAUCGGAGACGGAGCAGUGUGCGGGAUCUGCUUCUCGGACGGCGGCCUGGCGGCCCGCGGCUGGAUCGAUAGCUGCGACCACUACUUCUGUUUCGUCUGCAUCAUGGAAUGGGCCAAGGUCGAAUCCCGCUGUCCCAUGUGCAAGCAGCGCUUCCGUUUCAUACGCCGCCCGGAGGUAUCCGGCGGCAUAGCCGAGAGUGCUUUGGAAAUCCCCGUCCGCGAUCAGGUUUAUCAUCCUUUAGGCAAUGAAAGCAGUGCACUUUAUGAUCUCUAUGCUCAAGCUAGUUGCAGAGUGUGUCAUGGUUCUAAUGAUGAUGAAUUACUUCUACUGUGCGACCUAUGUGAUUCAGCUUUUCAUACUUACUGUGUUCGGUUGGGUUAUACUGUCCCUGAAGAUGAUUGGUACUGCCAUGACUGUACCAUUAUGAGGGAAGAACAUGCAAAAAUUGAUGGGGAUACCAAUGAUACGGACCAAGAUCAAGGCACAGUUGUGCUGGAUCAGCAGCAACCUGCUUCCGUCUUCGAUAUUUUGGCUGAUGAGAGGUCUUCUACUAUUGAACAGCAACAUUUUCAUGAUAGACCAGUUUCUAAAAGUAGUACAAAUAUUCAAAUGAGCUUUGAAGAUAUCAUGUUGCAUGCAGAAGAAUCGGAUUCCUCUUGCUCUGCAUCUCAGGGAACUGACAUGUACCUUCAACGAAGUGGUGUUGGGCAAACAGCAAGGACCUUUCAACAUUCAUGCAAUAUGCAAAGCCGUGUACAGGAUCUUCGCAAGAAUUGGACUGCUCUGCAAUCUGGUUCUUUGGCUUUCUCAUCCACCUUAGAUAGUAAUGGAGCCACCAUGUCUGGUGUAAAGCAAAGAACCAGCAGAACAAAUUCAGAUCUAUCACAACAGUCAAAGUCCUCAACUUUGGUCGAUAAUGAGCGGCUGACAGAUUCUAGUACCUCUAGUAAAAUUUCUGCAAUUAGUGACUCGCAAGAUGUUGAGAAAGCAUGGAAGAUGAUGCAAAGGGCAAAGAAGCACAGGUUGGCUAACUCUUCUUUGAAUUCACCGAGAUACAAUAAUUCCUUAAACUCUGCUGGUGCUAUUUCAGCAUCAAAGGGACCGGUAAGUCAUUCCUUAAAUUUCUUGAUCCCCAAAAAUAAGAUGGCUACAGAUAAAGUGGUAGGUUGUAGUACUUCAGGAACCUGCAAACAGCUUUUGACUAAAGUCGUGCAUGAGAGACAUAAAUCCACAGGUUUUUAUCAGAAUUUUCCUGAUAAAAACUCUUCAAUUCUGUCACAACAUGGUAAAAGAUUAGCUAUAAAAACUAUGAGCGUCAUGCAGUUAGGUUCUUGUAAGACAAAUACGGCUUUGACAACAGAGUGUGCUGGCAAUGUACAGGAAGUUUCACCAGUACGGCUAUCUAAGUUUCAUGAAGUUAAAUGUUCAUCACUUUCUAGUGCUACCUGUGAAGCAGCCAGGAAAUCUUCAGGGGUUUGUUGCACCAAAAAGUUGACUCUAGAUGGGAAUGAGACUGCAAGCGGAUAUACUGGCAGAACGUCGUCAAAAGGGUAUGAAAUAUCCAACAACAAUGUGAAAUCUGAGAUUCAGUCAAUGGUCAAGCUCAACCUACAGCGGCUAAGUAAAGGUGAACGUUUAGGCACUGAGAGAUUCAAGGAAAUUGCCAGGGCUUCCACCCAUUCAAUCUUGGCUGCAUGUGGCUUGGAACAUUCAAAAUCAUGUGCCCGCCCAUUUUCCAAUCAAGUUUGUAGACAUACCAGCCAAAUAAAACAGCUCCAUGAAUCGACUCUCAUGCCUGGUUCAUGUAAAGAAUGUUUCCAUUCAUUUGUGAAGUAUGUUGUGAAGAGUAUUUUGUUAGAAAAAUCAACCUCGAGUUCCAGAUGAGCAGCCACUUAUAUUCAAGUCAAGAUUCUGCACUCCAUUAUCCAUGUUUCAGUGUUAUCUCCUUGCUGUAGCAAGUUGUCUAAAGAAAGGACUUGUCAAGGAUGUUUCUUAUAGCCAUUUAUUGCUCGGCGAUUGCUCUGUAAGAUUUGCUCAUCUAAUGGUCACUCGAUGAUCUCAGUUCCACAUCUCUCUUAAUAGGAGAGUCAAUUAAUUCUUUUCAUGGCAAGUGAAUCUUUGUUCAUCUUCUUGAUCCUGACUCCAUUUACUUCCCUUGAUAUGAAUAAACUUUCUUUCCCUGCAAGAAAGAAAAUCAUUUCCAUUCUGCCUUCAUGGCCAUUCCGUCUUCACAUUACUGUGAAUAUUGACAGAAUUAGUUGAAGGGACCGCACAUUUUAUGGGAGUACCUUGAAUAAGGUGGUAUAGUGGCUUUGCUGGCAAGAGUAAGUGUGCAGGUCAUUGGUUCUUAAAUUUUUCAGACAUUAGAGUAGAUAAAAAUGGUGCUGUGCUUUGUUCUUGUAGUAUAGAUUAAAACCUUCUUGUGAUUUUUGUAUUUUUAUGAAAUAUAAGGGGACUUUUCUUAUUUCUAGAGUUGAAAACUUUGUAUAAACCUCUCUAUAUUUA